AGCAUCCUCCACGUUCCCGUUCUGUCGCCGCCGAUCGCGAGGCGAAGACGCGAAGUGAGUCAUGCGACUCGACUCCCUUCCAAACGCUUCGCCGGGCGCUGUCUCUUACACUUACCGCCGCCAAGGCCUUCUUGUACGGCAGGCCGUCGCCGUCUUGCUCCAGCGUCGGCCCCUCCCUCCCCCGUCACCUCGCUUCCGCGGCUGGACCUCGGACGCCGUCCGCGACGCCCUCUCCUCCAUCCCCACCUACUUCUUCCUUUCUCCCCGCUCCGUCGGCCGGCAGCGUACCUCCGGCCGUCACCGCUCCCCACUCCGACAGCGCUGCCUCCGCCUCGAGUCUUCCUCUUCCGCCGGCUCCCGUGGACCCGCCAAACAUCGCGACCUGGAAUCCGUUGGCCUCGGCGUCGCUGCUGGUCUAGAGUUCUAUUCCUGGGUGGAAUCGCACUGCGGCUUCCCCCACGACGAGCUGACAUGCCGCGACAUGUCCCGCGUCCUUGCCCGCGCCAACCGCCUCCCCCUACUCUGGCGCUUCCUUCGCUCCAAUGAGCGCCUUGUCAGCACCGCCACCGUCACCGAGGUGAUCAAGCUGCUCGGCGAGGAGGGCCUCACCAGGGAGGCUCUCGCCGCCUUCUACCGCAUGAAGCAGCUCCAUUGCAAGCCCGACGCCCAGUCAUACAACACGAUCAUCUCGGCACUAUGCCGCGUUGGCCUCUUCAAAAAGGCGAGGAUUUUACUUGACCAGAUGGAGUUGCCGGGCGCGCGAUGCCGCCCUGACACCUUCACCUACACCAUACUGAUCAGCUCAUACUGCAAGCGCAGCUUGCAGACCGGCUGCCGCAAGGCCAUCACGAGGAGGAUUUGGGAAGCGAAUCACAUGUUCCGGAGGAUGUUAUUCAAUGGAUUCGUUCCAGAUGUAGUGACCUACAACUGCUUGAUAGAUGGUCUCUGCAAGACCUACAGGAUUGAGCGUGCACAUGAACUGCUCGAUGAUAUGCUUGUGAAGGGCUGUUCUCCCAAUCGAAUCACAUACAACUCUUUCAUUCGUUACUACAGCGUUGUUAACCAGAUUGACAAGGCCGUCGAGAUGAUGAGAGCCAUGGUGUCACGGAGCCACGGUGUUCCCUCUUCAAGUUCAUAUACGCCUGUCAUUCACGCAUUAUGUGAGACGGGAAGAGUCAGGGAAGCAAGGGAUCUCUUGGUUGAGAUGGUGUCCAGUGGAUCUAUCCCUCGAGAGUUCACAUAUAAGUUGGUUUGUGAUGGUUUGGCCCAUGCGGGAGAGCAAGGUCUGGACGAUGAGCUUCAUAGAAGGAUAGAAGAUGGAAUGCGUGCUAGAUUCAUGCAGGUCAGGCUUCUGAAGCCUGUGAUGGGUAACAAAAGCAUAUUUGCUCGAGAACAACAAUAAUAUACAUUCCAUAAACUUAUUCAGUGAAACCUUUGUGGGACAACUGACGAAUUCAGUAUCAGUUCAGGUGCAAAGUGCUACCACAAAAACACUUGUCAACCCUUUUCUUCCAUUUUCAAUACUGAACAUUAUUUGCUUCAAUUUUUUGUGAACAUGGGAGUUGUCGACACAGGACCUGCUGAGGGAUAUAAUUAGUCUCUUGCCUUCUUUUGUUGGCAAAUCAUCUUCUGUUGACAAUGAAACUAAAUUGCAUCAGUAAUAGCAGUAUCAGUUUCUUCAAAUUUGAUUGCAUUCG